AUGAGCAAGUUUAAGCCCCAACUCCCAGGGAGUCGACCAGGAUGUAAUCGCCAUGGCGAGAAGCGUCAUUCAAAACAUCGUGAUUACUCACUAUCUUCCGAAUCUUCUGAUGGAAUGUACGCGGUUAAGCACGAAGCCCACUGUCCUCUCUAUUCCCCAUCAAUUCCUUCAUCCGAUUCAGAAACCUCAACCAUGUCCUUUGAACAAGAAUAUUACCAGUUGAUGAAGCACAAACGUGACCCGAGGAGCAAAAAUCGGCCAAGACAUCGUUCUACUUCGCCAAAGGGUAUGCCUAGUCAAGGUCGAAAACUAAAUCCUCCUCGUAUAAAUGUCAAUUAUCAAGAAGAUUGUCCAAUACAUAGAAGGCAACCCCCAAAGAAUACAUCAAGAGUGGAACGGAAAGCUAGAUCAUCUACCGCAAAACCGACUGCUCGGCCUGAUAAACACUCUAAAUCAAGUCAACAGCGAGGUAAUUUCAGCACACGAUCUUCAUCUUCUGGCACAUCUACAAGUUCAAGUUCUAGUUCUCAGCACAGUUUUUCAAACUUCAAACAGAGUCCACGGAGGGGCCAUAAAGGAAGAUCUCCUUCUAGUAGCUCGUCAGAAUCCAGUCAGGAUUCAUCCUGCCCAAAUUGCAAACACAGUGGCAAAGGUCGAAGAUCAUCUCAUCCGCGUAAUCUAACUCCUCAGCGGCGAAAUAAUAUACCAAUGGGUCCUCCGACUUCUCCAAUAAUGAUAUUCGAACACAAUAAGGAUUGUCCAUAUCGAUAUGACUCACGAAAGAACAGCAAAUCUGGCCGUAAUUUCAUGCCCGCAAUUUUAAUUCAAUCAGCAGGAAAACCAAGAAAAUCUUCAAGACGUAGAUCUUCUUCAAGUUCUUCAAGCUCAGGCUUCGAACAGGAUUAUCGCCAAAAACAUGUUAAAAAGAGCUCGAAGCCAAAAUCACAUCCCCAGCAGCACAAAAAGAAAAAGUCCAAGUCUCGACCAAGGGCAAAGUAG